AUGCUGUCGCUACCUAUCACCGACAUGAACCCACGCCCCAGGUCUACGGCCAGUUUCAUAGCCAAAACUAGAUCUGAUCUCAUCGCUGCUCUGGUCACCGGAAACUCUCCGCUGGUCAGUGUUCCUGAUUUUGCUAGCUGCAUAUCCACCGAUGAAGACGCAACUUGGAAUGUGAUGACUCCUACAGAUUUCUACAAGCACAAGCAACAGAAGACAUAUCCUGCCAGUUUGAUCCAAAUUUCAGUGGCGCAAGAGUCUACACCUGAAUCUAGUUGCGUCGAGCAAUUGAGUCUGGAUCAAGGUUUAAGUGUGGGUGCGUUUGUAGGUGCUGCCGUAGCAGCACUGGUUGUUGGUUUGGCUGGAGGCAUUGGUGCCACAACAACCGUAGACAGAAGGAAGAACAACGCUUGCGCGGCUGAAUCAACCACUGAUCUGGGUUGAAAAUAACUCGUAUACAAAACAAUAUUAACACAAAUAAUUCAAAAUGAUAUUCGUAUACUUCUUUCAACUCCAUACUCAAUGCAUCCGGGACAUAUGCAUAAAUAAAAGUAC